AUGGCUAAAUAUAUUGUCUCUCUCCCAGUUUUGUCUCUUCUGCUCCUCUUUUCAUUUGGCUCUGGGCUAUUGCUAAAGUUGGCCAAUGGGCAGGGAAAAACCUGGUGUGUGGCAAAGCCAUCUACCGAUGGUGAAGCACUGGUUUCCAAUAUUAACUGUGCCUGUAACUAUCUCGGAUUCAUGGCGUCGAACUGCAGCUUGAUACAGCCUGGUGGAGCCUUCUACGAGCUCAACAAUCUCAUCAACCAUGCAUCUUUUGUCUUGAAUUCUUACUACCAAGCCUAUGGCCGUCAGGAACAUACAUGUUACUUUACAAACUCUGCUCUCGUCACUGUCACCGAUCCAAGCUAUGGUAACUGUCUUUAUGCAUGA